UUUAAACCAUCGUGAACUUUAAAUUCUAAUGUAAAAAAAUUCCUUAGCAAUGUGUAACCGCUAAGUGUUUUUAUCAAAGAGAUUGGCAACUGUUUAUCAUUUGGUGUAAGAGCGAGUAGUGUGUUCGAAAUUUCGGUCUGCAAUGGCUGUUGUUAUCAAGAAGAAACCACCCAAAGUUGGUGUUAAAGGGAAAGGUAAAAAGAAGAAAUUACAACCCAAAAAAUUCUCAAUUGAUAGCAGUCAUCCAGUAGAAGAUGGAAUUAUGAAUGCUUCAGAUUUUGAAAAAUUCCUUCACGAACACAUUAAGGUUAAUGGAAAGAUAAAUAAUUUGGGAAAUGCUGUUGUCAUUGAAAGGAGCAAGUCUAAAAUAACUGUGACUGCUGAUUGCAGAUUUUCCAAAAGGUAUCUGAAAUAUCUUACAAAAAAAUACUUGAAGAAGCAUAAUUUAAGAGACUGGUUAAGAGUGGUGGCAAAUGCUAAAGAUUCAUAUGAGCUGAGAUAUUUCCAGAUUAAUAAUGAAGACGAGGAAGAUGAAGAAGACAAUGAAUAAUUUUUUUUGUUUUCAUCUUUUAAAUAAAUAUUAUAUGUAACUGUU